UCCUCCACCACUGCAGCCCAAUGACACGUCUUUAUGCAUUUAAACAGAUCAGGUUUAUGGUUCGUUUUCUCUUUACAGGGCUCAACUACGGUUGCCUACAUUUCCCACAAUUCCAGGCGGGGUAAUUCCUCGUGAAUCAGUGCGCCUACUUCGCAGCACCGGAGCGACAGCAGCAGCAGCAGCAGCGUCCGUUCAGUGAGAGUAUGAGCGGGUCAGAGCAGCCGAUCUCAGCCCCACGGUGAAGUGUUUGUGCCAGCGGAGAUGUCCCUGUCUUCCACACAAAGCUCGGACACGAGCAGCCGGAGGAGGAGGCCGGCUGAACACACACAAGAUUAUCCAUGGGAGUCUGAUCCUCUGGCAGGUCUCAAUCACGAACAGAUCCAUGACCGACUGCAUGGCGGACCACAACCUAAUUCAACAGGCACUCCAUCUUCACAUCCCUCCAUAUGUCCUGCUCUGUGCACAACAAAAUGCACAUCUUCACACACAUGUCCGAGCCUUCAUGCUUGUGAUGACAGCUGGGUGGAGAUCCAAAGCAAGAGAACCAUCAGAGCGGAGAACGAAGUGGAAGCCAACAAACUGGUCAACAACUACAGGUUUGGUUUUAGAAAAUGGAAGAGCCAUGUGACAGAGCGUCCAUUUGAAGUCAGGUCAGAGGUUGUAAAAGAGCUCUACUCUGAACUGAACGUCAUUAAACCUCAUUCAGGUCGCCUUAUCACAUGUGGAAAUUUAGCAUAUGUGUUUCUCUUCGGUUGGUGGGUCUCCCUGAUGUAUUUUCUGGUCGGCAUGCUCAUGUUCAUCACGAUCUCUGGUAUACCAUAUGGCAUGCUUUGCUGGAAGUUGGCGUGCUACUUCCUGUGGCCAUUCGGCAAGUCAAUCCACGAGAUUGGAAAUACAUUGAGGAGAUGUUGUGAGCAAGCACCAGAAUGUGACUGUAACGUAGAGGGAACAGAGGAAAACUCUCCAGUUCUUCUGCCUUCACCCACAGAGGUGGCGGUCCCAGAGUGGCCUGGACGACCUCUGCGUACCCCUUACUGGCAUCGUUUCUCCACAUACGUGUGGCUGCUGCUGGGAUAUCCUCCUCUGGUGGUCAUCCACUGCCUGGCUUGCUUCCUCUCCUGGAUCCUGGUCUUCACCAUCCCUGUCUCAAAGAUGAACGCAAGGACCCUGGGCGUCAUUCUUCUCUUGGCUCCAGAGGAUGUCUCUGUCUCCACCUGCUCACAGAGGAAGCCUCACAGCUAUGAGACCAGAGCUCUGCUGUGCUGCUACCAUGCUGUAAACUGGUACUACUACAAGUACACCGUUGAUGGGAUCAAUGUGUUCGCUGUCAACCUCCUCCCUCUUGUAAUAUUUGCCAUGAUAAUUGGAUAUAUUGACAGAGAAAACCAGUACGCCAGCUCUGAGGUCAAGUUUGCUAUAGCGAUUGGCUCCAUCAUACCACUGUCUUAUUAUAUUGGUAUGGGCAUUGCCAGUAUCUCCGCCCAGAGUAACUUUGCUGUGGGUGCGGUGGUGAACGCCAGCUUUGGCUCCAUCACAGAGUUGACCUUUUACAUCACAGCCCUGCUCAAAGGUCACCAGGCAGCCAACAAGUGUCUUCAGGAAGUUGUAAAAGCAGCGCUGACAGGCACUCUGCUCGGAUGCAUCCUCUUCAUCCCCGGCAUCUGCAUGAUAAUCGGAGGGCUGAGACACAGUGAGCAGACGUUCAACAGUCGCUCAACAGGAGUGAGCUCUGCGUUGCUUUUCAUCUCUGUAGGAGGUGUGUUUGCCCCCACGCUGUUCUCCAAGGCGUAUGGAAAUCUGGUCUGCGACGCCUGCACCAACUCCACUGGAGGAAACAGCACGAGUAACAGCAGCGGGCCGUUCGUCUGCCACAACUGCCACUACGAUCUGAACAACGGUACAUUGUUCCACAACCACGUUGAGCCGCUGGUGUACACAGUUUCUGCCCUCUUGCCUGUUGCCUACAUCAUUGGUCUGACAUUCACGCUGAAGACGCACUCCCACAUUUAUGACAUUCACGUGGGAGAAGGACAGGUGACCAGCCACCAUGGAGCAGUGGUCCACUGGUCCCGCUGGAGGUCCCUGGUCAUCCUCAUCAUGGCCACCGUGCUCACGUCUGCUUGUGCCGAUCUCGUCACGGAGAACAUCCAGCCCAUACUGAGCCAGCCCAACAUCUCUCAGUAUUUCAUUGGGGUAACGGCUCUCGCUAUGGUUCCGGAGAUCCCAGAGAUUGUUAACGGGAUCCAGUUCGCACUCCAAAACAACAUCAGCCUCAGCUUGGAGGUGGGGAUCUGUAUUGCUGUUCAGGUCUGCAUGCUACAGAUUCCAAUUCUGGUCUUAUUUAAUGCUUUCUACGAUGUGGGCUUUGUGCUGUUAUUCAGUGAUCUGCACCUGUGGGCCAGUAUCUUCAGUGUUAUUCUCGUCAACUACAUCUUCAUGGACGGAAAGUCAGAUUACUUUCAGGGCACAGCUCUGGUGGUCGUCUACCUUAUUCUACUGGCCAUGUAUUACUUCGCUCCAUCUCCAGCAGGCUGCUGACACAUUUCAGCAACAUGGAGGACCAGAUUUAAUACCACUCCCCUGUUGACAAGAUUUUAUUCUCGCAGGAUUAUGACUUAACACUGAAGCAUAAAUCAUGACACUGGCUGAUUAUUAAAGUGGUUCACCUAAAAAUUAAAUGCCAAUGGAAAGUCAGAUAGUCGUGUAGUCCACAAAACAUUAUAAGCAAAACAGAGCUGCUGCACUCACCUAAAUGACUGAAGAUGACUAGUUUUAAAAUAAAAAAAAU